AUGGGGGGCAAGUCUGCUAACAAGGCUGGUUACUUCGACAAGCUCAAGGGCUUGCUCGAGGAGUACCAGUCCAUCUUCAUCGUCUCGGUCGACAAUGUCUCGUCCCAGCAGAUGCACGAGAUUCGCCAGUCGCUCCGCGGCGAGGGUGUCGUGCUGAUGGGCAAGAACACCAUGGUUCGCCGUGCCCUCAAGACCUUCAUUAACGACUCCCCCGAGUAUGAGCGCCUCCUGCCUUACGUCAAGGGCAACGUCGGUUUCGUCUUCACCAACGCCGACCUGAAGACCAUCCGUGACAAGGUCCUCGAGAACAAGGUCGCCGCCCCUGCCCGUGCCGGUGCCAUCGCUCCCCUCGAUGUCUGGAUUCCCGCUGGCAACACCGGUAUGGAGCCUGGUAAGACCUCUUUCUUCCAGGCUCUCGGUGUCCCCACCAAGAUUGCCCGUGGUACCAUUGAGAUCACCACCGACCUGAAGCUCGUUGAGACUGGCUCCAAGGUCGGCCCCUCCGAGGCCACCCUGCUCAACAUGCUCAACAUCUCUCCCUUCACCUACGGUAUGGGCGUUACCUGCGUCUACGACCAGGGCAACACCUUCCCCCCCGAGGUUCUCGACAUUGGUGAGGAUCAGCUCCUCGGUGCCUUCUCCAAGGCCGUCACCACCAUCGCCUGCCUCUCGCUGGCCCUCAACUUCCCCACCGUCCCCUCGGUCAUGCACUCCGUUGUCAACGCCUACAAGAAGAUCCUUGCCGUUGCCAUCGAGACCGAGAUCACCUGGCCCGAGAUUGAGGAGCUCAAGGACCGCAUUGCCAACCCCGAGGCGUACGCCGCUGCCGCCCCGGCCGCUGCCGAGGCCAGCUCCGGUGGCGCUGCUGCUGCUGAGGAGACCAAGAAGGACGAGUCUGAGGAGGAGUCUGAGGACGAGGGUGGCUUCGGCGAUCUCUUCGGUUAA